AAUUGGGGGCAGUUUCUACCUCUGCCUGGAGGAAAUCCCGGGUUCUUCGGAUUCCUGCCCGCGCCCCUCGCCCUCUUCCCCUCUCCGGAGCAGAUUUGCGAAUUCCACAACCUCUCCCGCUUCCCGCCGCAGUGCAUCCCUCAGAGCCAAAAUGAGUCUGUUUGGAGCAACCUCAGGUUUUGGCACUGGUGGGACCAGCAUGUUUGGCAGCACAACCACAGAUAAUCACAACCCCAUGAAGGAUAUUGAAGUCACAUCUUCUCCUGAUGAUAGUAUUGGCUGUCUGUCUUUUAGCCCUCCAACUUUGCCGGGGAACUUUCUUAUUGCAGGAUCAUGGGCUAAUGAUGUUCGCUGCUGGGAAGUUCAAGACAGUGGGCAAACCAUCCCAAAAGCCCAGCAGAUGCACACUGGGCCUGUGCUCGAUGUCUGCUGGAGUGACGAUGGGAGCAAAGUGUUUACAGCAUCCUGUGAUAAAGCUGCCAAAAUGUGGGACCUUAAUAGUAAUCAGGCCAUCCAGAUCGCACAGCACGAUGCUCCUGUGAAAACCAUACAUUGGAUCAAAGCCCCAAACUACAGCUGUGUGAUGACCGGGAGCUGGGAUAAGACUUUAAAGUUUUGGGACACCCGAUCAUCAAAUCCUAUGAUGGUCUUGCAACUCCCUGAAAGGUGUUACUGUGCUGAUGUGAUAUAUCCAAUGGCCGUGGUAGCCACUGCGGAGAGGGGCCUGAUUGUGUAUCAGUUAGAGAAUCAGCCUUCUGAGUUCAGGAGAAUUGAGUCUCCGCUGAAGCACCAGCAUCGAUGUGUGGCUAUUUUUAAAGAUAAACAAAACAAGCCAACCGGUUUUGCCCUGGGGAGUAUCGAGGGGAGAGUUGCUAUUCACUACAUCAACCCUCCAAAUCCCGCCAAAGAUAACUUCACCUUCAAAUGUCAUCGAUCCAAUGGAACCAAUACUUCUGCUCCUCAGGACAUCUACGCAGUCAACGGGAUUGCCUUCCAUCCUGUUCAUGGCACCCUUGCAACUGUGGGGUCUGAUGGUCGCUUCAGCUUCUGGGACAAGGACGCCAGAACAAAACUGAAGACCUCAGAGCAGUUAGACCAGCCCAUAUCAGCUUGCUGCUUCAAUCACAACGGGAACAUAUUUGCAUAUGCCUCCAGCUACGACUGGUCCAAGGGACAUGAGUUUUAUAAUCCACAAAAGAAAAAUUACAUCUUCCUGCGUAACGCUGCUGAAGAGCUGAAGCCCAGGAAUAAGAAGUAGUGGCCUGAGAUUUCCGUUGUCCGAGGUUGUUUUCUCUCUACUCGGCCUGUCUGAACGAGUUUGGGGCCCAGCUUUAGUGGGCCGUCAGCAUGGGUGUUUCCUCUACCCCUGGAGGAAAGUGUUUUUUGCUCAGCAGUAGCCAGUGUCCUGACCAUUUGCUGUCCAUUCCACUGCCUGCUCGGGUUUUCCAGGGCGGAGGGGACUGAAGUUACCAUCGAAGUUGGAUUCUUGUGGCCAGUGCCAGGUGUUGGGCAGUACUUCACCUAGCAGUGUAUGCGCUUGAGACUAUUGGAAAAGCACCCAUGA